AUGGUCAACGUCUUUGACCGUCUAAAUGCCCAUGUAGCUGAUUCGUUUGUAGGAAGGUACUUUCGUUUGGAGGGCUCAGGCCAUCCCAAUGAACGAAUCGGAUCUCGGUUCACAACUGAAAUCCGAGCUGGUCUUACAACAUGGGCUGCGAUGGCUUACAUCAUAUCGGUAAAUGCGGCGAUUCUAUCAGACUCCGGGGGUACUUGUGUCUGUACAUCCGAGACUGAUCCUGUGUGCACUACCGACGUCGCCUAUCUGUCUUGCGUCAAUGAUGUGCGCAAUGAUCUGAUAACCACGACCGCGGCAAUUUCUGCACUCGCCUCGGUUCUUGAAGGCUUGCUUGCAAACUUGCCAGUCGGAAUGGCCCCGGGUCUGGGACUAAACGCCUACUUUACUUAUUCCAUCGUUGGCUUCCAUGGUUCUGGAGUCAUCACUUAUCGCGAAGCUCUGGCAGCUGUAUUUCUCGAAGGAUGGAUAUUCCUAGCACUGUCUUUACUCGGAAUUCGACAAUGGCUCGUCAGAAUCAUGCCCCAGUCUUUAGUUUUAGGGAUUGGCUCCGGAAUUGGUCUCUUCAUUGCGCUAAUCGGAUUAUCGGCUAAUGGACUUGGUGUUAUCGGAGGUGAUACCACGAACUUCGUUGGACUUGGGGGAUGCAAACCAGAAGACUGGAUGGAGGGUUUGCCUAAUUACUGCGCUCAUGGUGUGCUGCAGAGCCCAACGAUGUGGCUUGGUAUUUUCACUGGGGGAUUUCUAACUGUCCUUCUCAUGCUGUAUCGCGUUCGCGGCGCCAUCCUGAUUGGAGUAUUCUUGACGUCCAUCAUUUCAUGGCCCAGACCGACCGCCGUUACGUUUUUCCCGCACACCGAUGCUGGUGAUGUUCUUUUCGACUACUUCAAGAAGGUCGUUACAUUCCAUCCUCUCAGCAGAGUCGGUAACACCAUAAACUACAACUAUGGGAACGGCAGAGUAUGGUAUGCACUGAUCACCUUCCUUUACGUCGAUAUCCUCGACACCACUGGUACACUUUACGCAAUGGCCAAGUUUGCUGGGUUACGGGAUCCCGUCACGAUGGACUUCGAAAAUUCUACCUGGGCAUACUGUGUGGACGCGUUUUCUAUCAGUAUGGGUGCGCUAAUGGGAACCAGCCCUGUGACCGCGUUCAUUGAGAGCGCGACCGGUAUAAGUGAGGGCGGUAAGACCGGAAUCACUGCAAUAGUCACCGGAUUGGCAUUCUUUGUUUCUGUCUUCUUUGCACCGAUCUUUGCGUCAAUACCAUCAUGGGCCACUGGAGGCGCACUCGUCAUUGUCGGCUCCCUCAUGAUUCGGAACGUUCGGGAAAUCAACUGGGACUACAUUGGUGACAGCGUUCCUGCUUUCUUGACCAUAAUUAUCAUUCCUUUGUCUUACAACAUUGCCUAUGGCGUCAUUACCGGAAUUCUAUCCUAUUUGAUCCUCAACGGCCUCCCUUGGGUCAUUCGAAGACUCACAAAUGACUAUAUCGUUCCUCCGAACAUGGAGAAUUCGGAAGAGUGGUCGGUUCCUCCUGGUAGCAUGAUACCCUCUUGGAUGUUACAACUUGGCGAAAGAUUGAACCUCAUCGAAAAGCGGUCUGAGUCUCAAUCGUCAGCUUCCAGUAUGGAAAUGACCUCUCGGGAAAAUAUCAAUCAGAGCAGCAAGAGCCUGGAGGGCAUCCAUUUGGAUGUCAAAGGAAAACCAUCUGCUAUGCAGUACAUGCAGCGAUAA